AUGUGCCGUCGCCUGGCGGCGAGCUUGGACCUGAAGUUGGCACUGACGCGGCAGGUCAAAGGCUUCGUCUACGCUGCAGAAGAGAGCAUCAUCCUUAUGGCCACGUGUUUCUUGCGGGACUACAUGCUAGAGGCGGGAGUCAAUCGGGAGGCCUCUUGUGAGGCCAACACGGAACUGAAGCUUCGGGCCGCUUGGCAGCGGAGAAGCUUAGCCAUGGAUCUAGCAGAGAUUGCCAGUUUUACCACGGUGGAGACUUGGGUUCAGUAUUUAUUUGCGCAGCUCAGCAAAGAUCAGCCCAGGGGUUUUUCGAAGAUCACGCUGCAGCAGGACGCUGGUGACCCCAAACCUUUGGACACUGCGAUUGACAGCCUCAAGAGUUCCACGGAAGUCCUGCAGUAUCUGACUCCACUACCGGCACUGCGAGCUCCGCCCACGCCAGUCCCGGGCCAGGAGCGGCCAGCCAAGAUGCAGAAGAGUGUCGAGAAGAUCACGAACACCUUCCUUUUGGGAUUUCGUGGCAUCAGGGACGGUGGCAUUUCGACACUGCGGCUGAACGGGUAUACCCGCGAGUCCUGGCCCGACGUGGUCAAGCUAGAAAGGAAGAAGAACCUGUUGCAGGCGCGGCUGAUGGCCAAGCGACUUGUGAGUGAAGAGCAAUUUUUGCAUUCGGCGUUGGACCCUCCGCUACAGCGAGUGUUGGGCGGGAAGCGCCUGCUGCUGUGGAAAGAGCUCUUGAUCAAAUACGGGUAUGAUGACCUUGCAGUUUAUGAUUUCAUGGCAAAGGGUGUUCCUUUGGUUGGGCAGCACGAUGUUCCCUCUUGUUACCCCAUCCAGCACAGGGUUGCAACCCUGACGGGCGAUGACCUUGAUCGGUCGGCCAUCUGGAGGCGGAAGGCUAUCUUGGGGAAGUUGCGUGGUGAGCCCAACUUGGAACACGUUGCGCAUCUUGAAGAAGCUUGUCGGGAAGAAGUUGAUGCUGGUUUUCUGGAAGGUCCUUUCCUGAGCGAGGUAGCAGUUUCAGAACGUCUCGGCAGAACUGACUGGUCUUUAAUCCACCGUUUUGUGCUGGUUCAAGGAGCCGAAAUGAAAUUGCGGCCUAUUGAUGACUGCAUGGAAUCGCAGAUGAACGCGGCCUACACUUCAACCUCAUACUUGAAACUGCAGGAUGUCGACUAUGUGACGGGUCUUGCGCUUCAGGUGGCAGAAGCGUCCUCAGCAGGGAAACAGCGCCACGGAUCCGGAACGUGGAUGGGCAAGUGUUUGGACUUAUCCAAAGCCUAUAAGCAGCUUGGCAUCUUACCCGCGCACCGGCACUAUGGUGUGAUCUUUUUCCAUGACGCUGCAGGGAAUCCGAAGUUUUACAUUUCGAAUUCCCUCAUGUUCGGGGCUACAGCUGCGGUCUAUGCGUUCAAUCGAGUCAGUCGCAGUAUCUGGUUCCUCAUGAACAAAAUGCUGGUUAUACCUUGCGGCGUUUUCUAUGAUGACUUUCCGCUCCUGUCACCCUGCGAGACCGCUUCCAAUGCCGAUGAGUCGGCGAGCGAGCUACUGGACCUGCUUGGAUGGCGCCAUGCCAGAACUGGACCAAAAGGUUUGCCUUUUGCUUCCUCUUUCAACGUGCUUGGUGCCAAGCUGGACCUAUCUCGUGUGCAGGAGGGCGUGGUGACUCUGGGCAACAAGGAGGGCCGAAUAGCCCGCUUGGUGGAGCGGAUGGGCCUCGCAAAAACUAAUGGGAAGAUGAGUGUUCAUGAGGCUCAAGUCCUUCACGGGUUGAUGAGAUACUCGGUUGGCUUCUUUGCCGGCCGUCACCUGCAUCAAGUCUGCGCAGAGCUCCUCCAGAUGGGGGGCUCCAAUGAUGCCGAACAGGUUGCGUCUUUGGUGGAUUAUGCGGUGUCCAUCCUUUCCAUUUCCAAACCUCGUGAGAUUUCCAUCGGACGUGAAAAGCGUCCCCUUGUGAUAUUCACGGAUGGAGCAUGGGAUAAUGGUGUCGGAGGCCUCGGGGUUGUCGUCGUUGAUACUGCCACCGAUGAGCGUCUGGUUUUAAGUGGCAGUGUGCCUCAAAAGCUGAUCAAUUACUGGAAGGUGAAGGAAAUUGCGGUACCGGAGGAGUUGACGCAGGCACUUUUUGCGAAGCGGCUGGUGAUGUAA